GAAGCCCUCCAGAAAGGAGAGAGGGUGGUCGCUCUCUAGCUGGAGCUUCUGGUCAUUUUCCUGGGGUCCUUGGCCCUUGGUGUGGACCCACCAGCCAGAGACCGAGGCUGAAGGCUGUCAUGGCGACUGGUGGAGACCCAGAGGAGGAGCAGGUGGUUCCAAACGAGGAGGAUGAAGCUGAUGUGAAAGCCAUACAGGCCCGCUACCUCCGGAGUCCCUCCCCUAGCCAGUACUCAGUGGUCUCAGAUGCAGAAACUGAAAGCAUUUUCAUGGAGCCCAUCCAUCUCUCCUCAGCUGUGGCUGCCAAACAGAUCAUCAAUGAAGAACUCAAGCCUCGGGGUCUCAGAACAGACACCGAGUGUCCAGGCAUGCUGGAGUCUGCCGAGCAGCUGCUGGUGGAAGACCUGUACAACCGUGUCAGGGAGAAGAUGAAUGACAAAAGCCUGUUCAACACCCCCUGUGUGCUGGACCUGCAGCGGGCCCUGAUCCAGGACCGGCAAGAGGCCCCUCGGAAUGAGGUGGAUGAGGUCUGGCCCAAUGUCUUCAUAGCUGAGAAGAGCGUGGCUGUGAACAAGGGCCGGCUCAAGAGGCUGGGCAUCACCCACAUCCUGAACGCUGCACACGGCACCGGCGUUUACACGGGCUCUGAAUUCUACACUGGCCUGGAGAUCCAGUACCUGGGAGUGGAGGUGGAUGACUUCCCAGAGGUGGACAUCUCCCAGCAUUUCCGGAAGGCAGCCGAGUUCCUUGAUGAAGCAUUGCUGACCUACAGAGGGAAAGUCCUGGUCAGCAGCGAGAUGGGGAUCAGCAGGUCAGCAGUGCUGGUGGUCGCCUACUUGAUGAUCUUCCACAGCAUGGCCAUCCUGGAGGCCUUGAUGACUGUGCGCAGAAAGCGGGCCAUCUAUCCCAAUGACGGCUUCCUAAAACAGCUGCGGGAGCUCAAUGAGAAGCUGAUGGAGGAGAGGGAGGAGGAGUAUGGUGAGGAGGAGGCUGAGGAGGAGGAUGCCGGGAGCACACUGGGCGCUAGAGUAAAUUCACUGAUGGUGGAAGAAGAAGAUGAUGCCGCCAGCCACCUGAGUGGCUCCUCCUUGGGGAAGGUCAGCCAGGUCUCUAAGCCAGUCACCCUCAUUGAUGAAGAGGAAGAGGAGAAGCUGUAUGAGGAGUGGAGGAAGGGGCAGGGCCUCCCCAAGGGCGAGGCUGCUCAGGGUAGAAAGGGCAGUUGCUCUGCUUCCUCUGCCCAGGAUGGGGAUGACUGUGAGGAUGAGGAUGUGGAAAGGAUAAUCCAGGAGUGGCAGAGCCGAAAUGAGAGGUACCAAGCCAAAGGCCACCGUCAGUGGAGUCGGGAGGAAGAGGAGGAGGAGGAAGAGAGCUCCUACGCCAGCAGAAGGCGCAGGCACACCCUGAGCGAGAGCAGCGUCUCAGAGAGUGUGAGCAGCCAUGACAUCCGGAUCUUGAAGCAGCAACUGGAGAAGAGCAGCCAACGCCGCAGCAGAAGACGCUGCUCCGACUCUGAGUCCACAGAGAGCACCUGGGACAUGUGGAAUGAGAGGCUGCUAGAGAUUGAGAAGGAGGCUGCCCGGAAGUACCACUCCAAGAGCAAGAGGGAGGAGAUGGAUGCGGAGUCAGAGGCAGGGGGCAGGGUCCGAGAGGAUGACGAAGAGAGUGUGUUGUCCGAGGCCAGCUCCUUCUACAACUUCUGCAGCAGGAACAAGGACAAGCUCACUGCCCUGGAAAGGUGGAAGGUUAAGAGAAUCCAAUUUGGAUUUCACAAGAAAGACUCAGAGGUGGGAGACGGAAGUAGUGAGCACGGUACAGAAGAGGCAGCGGGAGAGAAGAACCUCUCUGAUGUCAACCUGACGGCUUACCAGGCCUGGAAGCUGAAGCACCAGAAAAAGGUGGGCAGUGAGAACAAGGAGGAGGUGGUGGAGAUGAGCAAGGGAGAGGAUGUCGCCUUGGCUAAGAAGAGGCAGCGGAGACUGGAGUUACUGGAGAGAAGCAGGCAGACCCUGGAAGAGAGCCAGUCCAUGGGGAGCUGGGAGGCAGACAGUUCAGCUAGCAGGAGCAUCCCCCUGUCUGCAUUCUGGUCAGCAGCGCCCUCAGUCAGUGCAGAUGGGGACACGGCGUCAGUACUCAGCACCCAGAGCCACCGUUCUCACCUGCCUCAGCCUGCAAGCCACAUGCCCACCACACCCCUGCCUAACCUGCCAGUGGGACCUGGAGACACCAUUUCCAUUGCCAACAUCCAAAACUGGAUUGCCAAUGUAGUCAAUGAAACCCUUGCCCAGAAGCAAAAUGAAAUGCUCUUGUUGUCCCGCUCGCCAUCUGUUGCAAGCAUGAAGGCAGCAGCACCGGCAGCCAACUGCCUGGGGGAUGAUGACCAGGUCUCCAUGCUCAGCUCCUCCCUGAGUGGCUGCUUACUGCCUCAGAGCCAGGCAAGACCCAGCUCUGAUGUGCAGUCUGUGCUGUCCUCCACCAGCUCACUGGCCUCCAGGGCUGAAGGCAGCGGGAGCAAAGUGAGGGGGACCAGCAAGCCCAUCUACAGCCUCUUUGCUGACAACGUGGACCUGAAGGAGCUCAGCCGGAAGGAGAGAGAGAUGCAACUGGAGCUGCAGGAGAAGAUGUCCGGGUAUAAAAUGGAGAAGCUGGCCUCAGACAACAAGCGCAGCUCUCUCUUCAAGAAGAAGAAGGCCAAGGAUGACGAGGACAGCGGCGUGGGUGACAGGGACGAGGACACAGACAGUGCCAUCGGAAGUUUCCGGUAUUCUUCCCGCAGUAAUUCCCAGAAGCCUGAGACAGACACCUCCUCCUCCCUGGCCAUCUCUGAUCGCUAUAGAAAUGGCCACAGAGCUGGCAACCAGAUGGAUAGCAAUAUUAAUACGUGGCUCAGCGGCCUCAGGACGGAAGAAAAGUCCCCUCCCCAAAGUGAUUGGUCUGAAAGUUCCAGGGGGAGGUAUACCACCAGGUCUUCCCUGCUCCGGGAAACUGAGUCUAAAUCUUGCAGUUACAAGUUCUCCAAAUCCCGGUCACAGGAACAGGACACCUCCUUCCACGAGGCAGACGGCAACGCUGUGAGAAACACCUCGCGGUUCUCAUCUUCCACCACCAAAGAGGGCAGAGAGACGCACAAGUUCUCCAGGUCCACAUUCAGCGAGACCGCGAGCUCCCGCGAGGAGAGCCCAGAACCCUAUUUCUUCCGCCGGACCCCUGAGGCCUCUGAUGGGGAGGAGUCCCCAGGGCCAAGGCGCCCAAACUGGACCAGGCCCAGGGACUGGGAAGAUGUGGAAGAGUCAUCUAAGUCAGACUUCGCGGAGUUUGGGGCCAAGAGGAAAUUUACCCAGAGCUUCACGAGGUCAGAAGAGGAGGGAGAGAAGGAGAGGACAGAACGCGGAGAGGAAGGGAGGUUUGCAUCUGGGCGGCGGUCCCAGUACCGGAGAAGCACAAACCAGCAAGAGGAAGAAGAAAUGGACGAUGAAGCCAUCAUCGCUGCUUGGAGACGGCGGCAAGAAGAAACCAGAACUAAACUGCAGAGGAGGAGGGAGGACUGAGCGGAAUGAGGCCCACACUGGAGACGCUGGGAACACAGGAAGAAGUCAUUCAACUUAACAUGAGGCUUGGGAACACCUUACCACUGCCUGCCAAGGCUUGAGCAAGUGGACAGGAUCUUCCAGACAUGCAUAAAUGCAAGUGUCCAAGAAGAAAGGGCCUGGGUGUACAGCCGCAGGUUGGAGAAAGGAGCUCCUUCCAUGUAAGGCCCAAAUUCUGGACCAGCUGGGACUUUGUGUCACCCAAGUCCCUCUAAGCUUUGGCACUUCCCUUCUGCGUUUGAUAGUGUCCCUUGCAGAGCGGAGACCUGAGUCCGGAAAAGCCACCGAGGAAGACCGUGCAUGCAGAGUGUGGUUCUAUUUGUAGAGGUUUUGUCAUGAG